AUGGAAAAGAGUUCGGACUGUAUCACGUCGCAAGUAACUUUCAAGCGAGUAGCGUUGCUUUCAUGUGGCUCAUUUAGUCCGCCAACUUAUAUGCACCUCCGAAUAUUUGAGCGUGCACGCGACUACCUUAAGAAAAUACAUGGUUGGGAGGUCGUUGAAGGUAUUAUGAGUCCAGUAGCGGAUAGUCUUGGUCGACCUGAUAUGGUACCUGCUAAACAUAGACUGAAAAUGGUAGAGUUGGCUGCCAAAUCAUCAUCCUGGAUCAGAGCAGAUGGAUGGGAAUGUUCACAGGGUGAAUGGAUAAGGACAAUUCAUGUCUUGCAUCAUUUGAAGGAAGCACUUAAUCGUAAAUAUAAAAGUGAAAAUUCCGAAGUGCAAUUACUACUGCUCUGUGGCGGUGAUGUUAUCGAAAGCAUUACAAAAUUGGCCGUUUCCGACGUUAUGUUAUGGAGUACUGAGCAGAUCGAAGAACUUGUCCGAGAUUUUGGUAUGGUUGUAGUGAUGCGAGCAAACACUGAUCCUGUUAGUGCCAUUUAUCUUGCCGAUGUACUCCAUACACAUCAGAAGAAUAUAUUUGUGAUUGAAGAUGAAACUUGUCCAAAUGAUAUCAGUUCGACACGUUUAAGAACAGCAAUACGGAGGAAAGAAUCGAUACGAUACUGUACAAGUGAUGAAGUUAUUCAAUACAUUGAAGAGAAUUCUCUUUACGGAGCCACAUCACUACCGGCUAUGCGAAUGAAACUUCAAAAUAUAUGCAAAUCAGCAAGUUCAUCAAAUAUAUCGGCAAGCAGUACCACCGCUUCUUUUGGAAAUUGUUUAAAACAUCCGAAACUUAGUCUUUUACCGCUAAAGCAGACAAUUGAGACCACUAAAGGAAAUAAUCAUAAAGCGCUUUGUGACCAUUCUCCAGAGGAUGAGAAGCAAUCAUUUGUCUUGGAGCCAAAUCCAACUUGGUAUCCCUCAGGUUCCCUGCCUCGAUAUUCAUUAUUAACUGAAAAAUUUGUUAGCACCACUCAUUCACUGUCACACUUACAAAAAACUGUGCCACUUUUAAUACAAAAUAAACAGUGUUCAGUUGAAACUAACAACGAUAUGAUGGUGCCAAAACAAUCCAAGCACGCACAUUUUCGAUCAUUGGAAUCUCCAGAUUAUCGUAAUUUAACCUUGAGUGAAAUGCUAACUACAAGCAAUGACCGGGCUGAUUACCUUUGUGUCAAAAAAGACGAAGUGUUCGGGCGCACAGAAGAAACGAACACAUUGAUGGUAUCGCAGAUUGCCGAUACGCGCGAUAAGCAAGCUAAUUUGCAAAUGGAGACGCUAGCACCAGUGCAGCAAGAAAACUAUGAAAUACAAAGUAAGCGACACUCGACAGGUGUCUCACGUAGUGUUGGAAACUUGACAACGGAACUUUCAUUGGAAAAAGAAGAUAAAAGUCGUUCCUUGUCUCAUGUACGAUCUGAAGAAGGGAAUGAAGAGAGUAAUAAUGUGACAUUUAUUUAUAGAAAGUACAAAUUAGCUUCAACUCCUGAAACUACCGUAUAA